ACGGGUGUGCCGCUGACGGUGGUGCCGCACGCCACCACGGGUCGAGCAGACUACUUCGGAGCUCUGGUCAACCGCGCAGCUCGGCUCAUGGCGGGGGCCAAGGCGGGGCAGAUCUUGCUAGACAAGACGGCGGGGCUGGAGGUGCUGGGAGAGUGGCGACAAGCCGUGUCAGACGCCGCCUUGGCCGCUGCCGCCGCCGGCACUGCAACCCUGAGGCCGUGCCAAGACCACGUAAACAGCUUAUCGAGCGAGGCCGACCUGCUGUCAGCGCCCAUCGCUACCACCACCUCCGCGCCCGGCAUCAUGCCCCUUUCAAGCCUUCCUUCUACCGCUGCAUCUCCUGCUGCUGCCAAUUUGAACGCUGCUGGCGCACCGGAUGACCUUCAAGAG